AUGGGCCGAGGCGAGAUCCUUGCUGCAGGUAGCACCUCAGCUAAUUCACCUGAUCUUUACAAUUUGCCCUUACCUUCCUCUCCUUCGUUGUCGCUUCUGAAAAGUUCAAUUAAACUCGGAGCUCGUUCAUCUCAUUCGAACAACAACAACCAAAUUCUCAUGACAAACUUACGCCGCCCGCGACCCUCAGAUACUUUCGGUGAAACUGUCUUUCUCGAAAGUCGUACUCAUUCCCUGACGACCUCUUCAAUCUCAUCGUUGACGAUGGAUCAAUCAUCGAAUAACUCCAUACUCCCAUUACCGGAACAAGACAUUGGACAACAAAAACAACGGGAAGAACGAUACGAAAGAGAAUUUAUCAAUUUUGUUGGCGGAAAUUAUGAAAGGCCUACUCCUCCAAAGAUUCAAGUGAAAGAUUGGUAUUCGCAUGUCAUCUCACAAAGGCAUGAUUCCAACGGCCAUCACAUUGUGAAUGACUUCGGAAAUAGUGAAAUCAUAAUUUACUCGCACUUGGAUCCCGCGCAAGAAUUUUACGUUGAUGCAGAAAAAAGAAACAGAACCUCCCAACAUUCCUACUCCAAUUCUUACACCUCUGAUAAUCUCUAUCACGAUUCUCCUGAAUUGUCGAGCAGCGGGUCUAGAAAUUUGACCAGGGCCGAUUCUCUGACUUUACCUGCGCCCAAUUUGAUUCCACCCCUGUUCGUGAACUCGAUGAAAAAUAAAUUUGAUUUCGGUGGUAGUCUGAAUAGCAUGACUAGUGAUUCCAGCGAAGAUGAGAUUCACGAAUCCAAUGUGAGAAUUUCAUUUCCAACUUCCCGGAAAUAUUCGCCCACUAAUUUCUAUAAUGGUGAUAAUUACAUUAUUUCAAAUGAAACACCCUCCAAAAAUUCCCUAGAGAGCAAUGUGUUAACUAAUAAAUCAUCAAAAGUCAACGUCAUCAUUAAUACGAAGAAAGCCCCCGUGAUUGGCCUAUUAAUAAUCUUCUCGAUGAUGGGAGUCCUCAUCAGAUUAGCGCUGGUUUCAUUGGAAACAUACGAUGGACAACAGGUAUUCGCCGAGAUUUACCCACAGAUCGUUGGAUGUUGUAUCAUGGGAUUUAUAAAUGCUCGCCAGGUUCAACUGGUUGAAACAUAUUUCCCAAUGACGUUCGUCUUAGGCACGGGUCUCUGCGGUUCCAUAACAUCAUUCAGCGACUUUACGCUAGUCAUAUUUGAGAUCAUCAUUGGAUAUUCAAAUGCAGAUUCUAUAAGGUCCAAGGUUCUGACCACGCUGUCACACAUCGUAUUGACGACCGGCAUGUCAUUGAUUGCCUUCGAAUUCGGUGAACAUCUUGCGAACAUUCUUUGGCCCUUACCAUCCCUUUUAUCGACAAACUCAACCGCUUCACUUGUCUCACCGUCAUGCCCAGCGCACUCCUCCAGAAGAUUUACUCUCAACUCUAUCUCUCGCUUUCAUUCUGAUUCCUUCAAACCCUUUCGCGUUGACACCAACAUCGUUCAAUUUGACCCACCCAACAGACGUUAUGCGAUCACUUCAAAUUCGUGGUCGUUUCACAACCUCACGCUAAUCGAUUACACAUUCUUCAUCUUCGGUCUGUCGCUAUAUGUUUUCGUCCUCUUUUUUGUAAUCUAUUCUUACUUCUCUCAGAUAUUUGUAAGCACUCGAGAACUUUCCAUAACACUGGCCCUCGCACCACUAGGAACAUUCUUGAGAUUAGCAAUAUCAUCGAUGUUGAAUUCACAAAAAAAAAGUUUUCCGAUGGGAACAUUUGCGGCAAACAUGUUAGGAUGCAUUGUAGUAGGUAUAAUGAUAUUUUUGAGUGGGACUACAGGGAGUGAUGAUGAGGCCGUAAGAAGUGGAAGUGAAAUAAUUCGUAAGAGCAUAUUGCGCGUAGGAAACAAAGUUAGCUUGACCAAUAAUAAUAUCAGAACGAGCAUAGUGAGCAGGUUAAAUAUGAAGAUACAUGAGAUAGGGUUUGGUAGCGGUAUAACGGAAGUUUGGAACGUUCCCGAAGCAGGAAACGUCGAAACCUGGUGUCAGGUGAUUGAUGGAGUUGUAAAUGGGUUUUGCGGUUGUUUAACUACCGGCUCAGCAAUCAUUUACGAAUUACGUGUAUCGCGCAAAUCCUAUGUAUAUGGGCUUGUUACCCUAAUUUGCGGGACGGCGGCAAUGACUUUAACGUGGAAGGACAUCAGAAUGGGAUUAAUCGGAGCUGCCGAUUUGCUGUAUUUCUGGAAAAUUGCAAACACGGCACAAAAAUUUCAUCUUGUAAUAAAAAACGUAUACCGGUAUUCGUUUCACGAUAAAAAUUAUUUAUUUCUUAUGGCAUGCGUGAUAGAGGAUCCAGUUUAA